AUGUGGUCUGCCGACUCGCAGGCAUUCGAACGAUCCGACCUGUCUCUUGUUUUAGCCAUUGUUUUCAAGUUUCGCCAUUGGUCACACCAAUCUCUGGAUAACUUAUGGGAGACUUUCAAUCUGACAGACAACGUGGUUGUCCCACCUCCGACGAUCGAGGCCAGCAAUCCUGCUGAUCAUGAGAACUCUAUUCUUGGCACAGAUGACUGA